AUGGACGAUGAUCGCCACUAUGACCGAGGCACGCUUCGCUUCUCGGCGCGCAGUGGUCACGACCGGGUUUCGGAAAUGCCGAGUGACGACCGACAGUACAGCAACUCCACAUCAAGCCAUCAUGAACGCUCCUACACAGCCCAGCAGUAUCGCGAUGACUACUUGCCGCAGCAACAAGGGCAACGACGUUUGCUGAGAGAACCGGACUGGGGCUAUGGCUUUGUCCCUUCUCGCUCGCCGCCGUCGGUAUCCGACGCACCGGGCCCCUCGCACCGACGAGCAUCCCAGCAGAGGAGCUACCGACCUCGUGUCGACGCUCCCACUCCCAGCCUUCCCAGCCAAUCCGAAUGGCUCGUCCUGCCCAGCGUGACCCACGCCCUCGGCAUGUACGGUGACCGCCGUCGUCAGGAACCUCGCUUCUCGCUCGUCAUCCGACAGCAGCCUCGUCGCGGCCUCGCCAUUGGAAACAGCCAGAUUUCGCUGCGUUCGGCUCGGUCAAUCCCCAUAGACCCGCCACCCGUCUGCGAGCUGCUCGUCGACCGCAGUGGAGAUGAGCAGUUGCUUUCGCUUCCCGAGGCGUUUAUCCGCGCACAGCUGGUGCGCGGUGAUUCGCCCAUGGACGAGUGUACGUCGGAUGCACGGCUCAUCGAGCCGCUCGUGGGCGAUACGCUGCAGAGUGCGUUCAACUCGCGCAUCGACACUCGGGAGGAUCAAAGCUUCUUCGUCUUUAAGGAGCUCGGCGUGCGCAAUCGCGGCGUCUACCGUCUGCGCUUCGACCUGUUCGACCGCGUCGGCCUGCGGAUCUUCAAGAUCGCCUCGGUCUACAGCGACGCCUUCGAGGUGCAGGAGCGAAGAAAGCACCCGGGUCUCUCGGCUUCCUCAGCGCUGAUGGACGCACUCGUGGACCGAGGCAUGAAGUACAAGUUGAGGAAAGCCAACGACAAGCAGAAUCCCAAGAAGCGCAAAUCGCCCGAAGAUUUCUACUAUGGAGACGAACGCUCCAUGACAGCUGCUCGCAGGCAGAGCUAUGCUACUGGCGAGUUUGACAGCCGAGACCAUGCCGCUGCUGCUGCUGCUGCUGCUGCUGCUGCGGCAUCGUCCUCGUCUUCGCGUUCACCGCACGGCGAUGCACCGGGACAGCUGUUGAGACCCAUUGCGCAGCGUGCGCACUCGGGCGAACGCAUCUUGACGCUGGCAGAGGAUCGUCGCAACCAUGCAGAGAUGCUGCCGCCUCCGAGACAUCGACUCAGCCCCACGUUCCGAGCCGCAGGGAGCAGUAGCGACAGGAUCCCCCAACUGCCCAGUCUAGCGCGUCUGACUACCAGACCAUCGCAUACAGCACGAUCGAUUCCACCACUCGCGUUGCACCUCUCGUCUUCGCAGCUGCCCCCGUAUCCGCAGCCGCACUCGUCCUCGCGCUCGGCGUGGACCUCCCAACAGGAGCAGCAGGAUGACGAGCAGCAGUAUAGGCAGCAAGGCUUGGCACACUCUCCGGGGCUUGGUCAAUACCAGACUGCUGCGGAUGCAGGCAUCAGCAGCAGCAACAACCAUCUUCACAAUGGACGCAUCCUCUCGCCCAUGACGACCGACAACGUGGAGCGUCAACGACCGCCGCUCGAACUCCGUUCCUCCUCCUCGUCUGUCGCUACCUCCAACUCGAACACCUCCAACUCGAACGGAAGGGAAGGCUUUGAACGCUUCGCCUCGACCCCAUCCUCGUCCACCAACGAAGGCACACCGUUCGUGUCCAACGGCGGUGAAAGGUCAAGCUCCUCACCAGCGAACGGAGCGGGGUCGCUCAACAAGCCCAGCCACGCAGACUACCCCGCUGCCACACCCUCAAACGGUCGCAGGGGCAGCAUCAGCAAGCUCCCCUCUCCCUCUUUGUCGUCCUCAUCGUCGUUAUCUUCCUCUUCGUCCCGAGGAAACAGACCCACACUCCCUCCCAUCUCCAGCUUGUACGCCGCAUCACCGCCUGCCGGCAGGAGGCGCUCCGCAGCAGCGCUGGCUCAUCAGGAGCCUUCCUACUUUGGCAGCAUCUCUCCGAGAAACGGGCAUUAG